AACAGGAAAGGGCAGGGCACGGUGCAACACGGACACGUUUGAGUGUGACACUCAAAAUAAAAAAGUUUCACCCGCUGAGAAAACAAAGUACCUGCUGCCUGUGUGAGGAGGCGCAAAGAGGUGGAAGAUGUCUGAGCUGAGUGAUGAGGCCAGUGAGUCGGAGCAGCUGGGUGCCAGUCUCUCCAUGUGGCUCGGUGACUCGUUGGUGCGACCAGAGGAGCUAGAUGUCCCUUUAGACCUGCACACCGCCUGCUCCAUUGGCCAGUACGACGUGGUGGCAGAAUGUAUCAAAAAACGUGAGGUGGAUUUGGACGGCAAAAAUUUUGGAAGAUGGACCCCACUUAUGUAUGCAGCUUACAUCGGCCAUGACAACAUUGUUAAUCUCCUGCUGGAGGCCGGUGUGAAUGUAAAUGCUACCACUGCUAAAGGACUCACCCCUUUGAUGCUGGCAGCAAGCUGUGGAAAUGAAAGUAUUGCAUACUUUCUGCUUCAGCAAGGUGCCGAGUUGGAGGUGAAGGACUCUCGAGGCUGGACCGCUCUGUUCCACUGCACAAGCACAGGACACCAACAGAUGGUCAAGUUCCUGCUGGAUAACAACGCCGAUGCUAAUGUGAAGGAGCCCGGCUCUGGUUUCACUCCACUGAUGGAGGCUGCUGCUUCUGGACAUGAAAUCAUCGUUCAGUACCUACUCGAUCAUAAAGUUAAAGUAGAUCAGCGUAAUGCCAAAGGGGAGACAGCCCGUGCCUUAGCCAUGUUGUACGGUUACACCAAGAUCGUCAGCCUCAUCGACUCACGUUCUCCAAAGAUCAAACCAGGACACUUUGAAGACCUGAGCUCUUCAGAAGAUUCGGACAGUGCACCCCCGAGGUUAAGGCCGAGUCGAAACCGCACUAAAGGCGUUAGUAUCCAUGAUGGACCCCAGGCCAUCGCCAAGUUCCGAGUAGGAGGCACCGGCAAACUGUGUGAGCCUGCUGCUGUCCCGCCAGGCUACAUGACAUUCCGUGAAAUCGGGGAGCAGAGUGAGGGGAUCUGUUACCGUGAUGUCACGUCACCCAUCAAUGAGCUGGAUGGCCAGAGCAACAGCAGCAGAGAUGACAGUCCCUUCUUUGACAAUGACAUGCCCACCAUGAGGAGCAGUAGCAGCAGCAGCGAAGGCCUGCCACAUGUGAUCGGCCUCAACUGGGAAGGCUCUGUGGAGAGUAAUGAGGACUCUGACCAGUGCAAAAGGAGCAGCUCUCGCAGAGCAAGUAAAGGUCAUCACUCUAAAAGCAAGAGUCGCCAUGGAAGCAGUAGUACAGCUCAGACCAGUGGAACAGGGAACUGUGGGAUACGCUCACAUGUUGCACCUCCACCAUCCUAUACUGGGCCAAAGGAUCUGGCAGAAUUUUUGGAGCAGAUUGGGUUCUCUAAGUAUCUCCCCUUACUUGAAGAACAAGACAUUGACCUGCGGAUAUUUCUCACCCUGACUGAGAAUGAUCUUAAAGAAAUAGGAAUCACAUUGUUUGGACCCAAACGAAAGAUGACCUCAGCUAUUGCGAGGUGGCACAGCAGUGCCCGACCACCCAGUGAUGCACUGGAACAGGCCUAUGCUGACCAGCUCGAGGCUGAGAUGCAGGAAAUGGCCAUUCAGCUACAUAAGCGCUGUGAGGAAGCAGAGAGCCUACAGAGUCAAGUGUCCCAGGAGAAGGAGCUGCGAACAGUGAUGGAGGGAUGUCUGAUGGAGGACAAAAUGGCAUGGAGAAGGGUCCACGCUGAGCUGGUGGAGAACCACCGGCUGGCCCAGGACAUGAAUGCCACACUGGCAAAGGCCAGGGCUUGUUGCACUGAACUGCUGUCCUGUCUCACCACUGAAGGGAAUGGCAGCCUGGAUAAUGGAGUUGAAGAUAAAACCAAAGGGGACACUGGUCUUAAAGCUGGAGAGAGUCUGACAUGUUCCACGGUCGAGUUAAUGAAGAAGCUGGAUUCCUAUGAAGAAGAGCUGGCAGGGACUCUGCAGACUGUGCUGCAGAGCCUGAGGCGACUGAGUGCUCCAGAGAAAGUCUCCGAUAGUUGGGAACGGCCUUAACCUUUCCAGGGGCUUUUGUCAGUGUUCGACGAAGGGUGAAUUAACCACCCUAAACAAUCUCAGUGAAAUGGGAAAAGGCCACAGACAAGGCCAGCCCUGCUGGACCAAAACGGCUGAAGAGGUGAAGCAGCUGAGGAACAGCUCCACCUCCGGGUUUGGCAGACCAACCGGAGCUCGCCAGAUGUGGACAAGGCCAGGGGCAACAGCAGCUACUGCCUGAAAAUGACAAGCAAGCAGGAAGGUCAUGGAACCCUCACAUGCUUGUGCAUACUGGACUCCUGGAGGUGCAUUAUGAAAAUGCAAAGAGGAGAAUGGAUGUAUAGGUCCUCUGUUUUGGAUCAGAGGCUGUCAUACUGUGAAAUGUUUUGACCAUACUGUACUCUAGUUGUGUGUGAAAUGAGGUUUAAAUCCUGCUCAAGCCACUAGAAGAGCUACAUUUGUUCAGAGUAGUGUAGUAGCCUGCUUAUCCUCUGCAGAGCUGUACUUUAAAACAUGAACUAUAUCUUGUUUGUAUGCUGUUGACAGGUGAUUGAAAAUGAUGUCCUGCUGAAUGCAUUUUGACUUGAGUGAUGUCUGAAAUCUGCACCAUGCAUUAUGAAGAUCUGUUCAAAUCUGACAUUCACACAUGUAGAUGCAGUCGUUAAUAAAACAGAAGUGAUCUGA